CAAAUAAAUUGUAUUCAAACAGUUCAAACCGUCCGUUACAAAUUCUGAGAUAGACCAUGGACAUAAAUUAUAAAAUAAAACGCAAUUAAUAAUUAUUUUCUCUAUUGAAAUUUCGACGUAUAGGUAUUAUUAAAAAUUUAAUAGAUAAUUAUUAAAAACAUUUUUUCUGUAAACCAGUUGAAUAAUGCUCGUUUAUCAUUGUUAUAAUUCAUCUUUAGAACUUUAGAGAUCUAAGAGGUAAAGAGAGGUUCGUUGUUCACAGAUCGCGGCUGACAUUUUGAGAACAUUUUCAACCAACUAUAGAAGUCACCAAUCACUAGCAUGUCGAACAUUGUAGAAAUUCCGGAUCCCCGAUCACCUACUGUAGCUUUUGUCAGAACUCCGUUACGAGUGGUCAAAAUGAUAAUCGACGAAGAAAAUAUAUCGACAGAGACACGAAUAAACAACGAAGUAUUUGAAAACGCUUUGUCUGGAAAUCUAUUGAUGUCAUCACCAAUUGUCAGUAACACUUUUGAUACAGAUGAUUCAUUCCAUUCAGCAGUUGGUGAAAAUGAUAUUGAACCUCUGAUAAGCAGUACAGACUCUAAAGGAGUGAAAGACAGUAAUAAGAAAAAUAGGAGAGCACUGGGAUGCAUUAAAAAUCGUCUGAUUGAAACACCAAAGACGGACAUGCGUCGUAAACUUUGGCGUAACAUGGAGGAUGAAAGAGUAAAAAAAGGAGUUAAUAAUGGAGUUGAAAAUACACCACCAUUACCCUUUAUGGACUUAACUGCUUCAGCUCCUCCAAAAUUAUAUAGACACCGCAAGUUUACAUAAGUUUUUUAUUUUUAAUAUUUAAUUAAAUUUUUAUUUAUAUCACUAUUCACCAUAUAAUUUCCGAUUUGUCAUUAUACUAUAUCUUUACUUUUUUCCAUUAAUCUAGUAGCAUAAGAUGAACUGAUGUAACCCAUUCUCACUUUAUUUACAAAUUUAAUUUUUUUACAUCAAUAUUUGUAAUAUACCAGCACGUGUACAUUUUUUAUGCCUUAAAGUCAACAUAAUUAUUAAGGUCAUCAUGUAUUUUUUUUAAAUGUAAUAUAUAAAAUAUUAAAAUCAAUGAAA